AACACAUAUAUACAUGAUCAAAAGCUCGACUGGAUUCCGGUGAGACCCACCUGAAUAUCAGCUGUAAGUUACUCCAUCUGGCUCUGUGAAUGUAUUCAUAAUCAUUCUCUUUUUUACUCCCAGCUACUUCCCAUUUGACAUGAAAUCCAACCCGAAAUGCUGAGAAGCAUCCGCUCGCGGCGGCCCCACCGCCCCCGCUACGGCGUCUACAUCUGCGCCGUCAUCUCCGCCCUCCUCCUCCUCGUCUCCGUCUCUCUCCUCUACACCCGCCUCUCCCACUCCCAGUCCCACCACUUCAACCACCCCACCCCGCUCAACAACGACGUCUCCCUCUCCAACCCCCUCAUCUCCGACGACGCCGCCGCCACCGCCACCACCACCGACGACAAGAUCGACGAGCUCGACGAGGUCGUCGUCGACGACUCCCCCAGGGACGACGAGGUGGAGGACGACGACGAUCCGCAGCCGGACAACUCUCGAGGAUCCGCCGGGUUCUUCUUCGAUCACGUCGCCGGAGUCAUCCGGCGGCGCUUGAAUAAGCGCAAGAUUGAAGAUUGGGAUGAGGACUACGGCGGAUUUAGCGUAGGGAUGGCCGCGGUGGAUGGGAGCGUGGUGGCGUUCGGAUCGGACGACGUGCCGGUGGAUAUGGAGGUGCGGCGGAGGAUGACGGAGGUGGCGGGUGUGGAGGACGCGCUGAUGCUGAAGGUGGGGAAGAGAGUCUCGCCGUUGAGAGAAGGGUGGGGGGAGUGGUUUGAUAAGAAGAGUGAUUUUCUGAGGAGGGAUAAGAUGUUCAAGUCCAAUUUGGAGCUGUUGAAUCCUCUGCACAACACAAUGCUUCAGGACCCCGACGCCGUCGGAGUUUCGGGGCUGACUAGAGGGGACAAGGCUGUGCAGAAAUGGUGGCUGAGCUACUUUAAGAAGGUGCCGUUUCGGAGUAGGAAGAAGGAGGAGAGUGUGAAUGGGAGUAGGGAGUUGAGUGAGGUUGAGAGAGCCAAGAGGAAGGCGUUGGAUGAGAAUGGAGGGAGGGGUUUGAAGAAUCCUGGCGGGAGUGGGAAUGGGAGUAGUGGUGGGAAUUCGACGAGUGUAAGUAGUGUGAGUGAGAAUGUAGGUGGGAGGAGUGGUGAGGGGAUUGGUGAAGUGGUGAAGAAUGAGUUUUCGGGGCUUGUUUAUGCCGAUGGCAAGAGAUGGGGGUUCUAUCCCGGUUUGCAUCCACAUUUGUCGUUUUCGGAUUUUAUGGAUGAGUUUUUUAGCAAAGGGUGUGAUUUGAGAGUGUUUAUGGUGUGGAAUUCUCCGGCUUGGAUGUUUAGUGCGAGGCACCAGCGGGGGCUUGAGAGUUUACUGUCCCAUCAUCGGCAGGCCUGUGUCGUAGUGUUUUCCGAGACAAUUGAGCUUGAUUUCUUUAAGAAUAGCUUUGUAAAAGAUGGUUACAAAGUUGCUGUUGCUAUGCCAAAUCUUGACGAGUUACUAAAGGGUACACCGGCUCAUAUAUUUGCUUCUGCCUGGUUUGAAUGGAGAAAGACGAAGCAUUAUGCUACUCAUUUCAGUGAGCUUGUCCGCCUUGCAGCUCUUUACAAAUAUGGGGGAAUAUAUCUUGAUUCUGAUAUCAUAGUUCUGAAAUCACUAUCAUCACUCAGCAAUUCUGUUGGUAAAGAGGAUAGACUAGCAGGAGGUUCUUUGAAUGGUGCUGUUAUGGCAUUUAAAAAGAACAGCCUCUUUAUGAUGGAGUGCUUGAAAGAGUUUUAUAUGACAUAUGACGAUACUCAUAUAAGAUGGAAUGGAGCUGAUCUUUUGACAAGAGUUGCACGGAGGUUUUUGAGCAUUCGUAAUAAAGCCUUUAGACAGAUGGAGCUGAACAUGCUACCUCCUUUCAUGUUUUUCCCAAUUGCUCCUCAGAAUAUAUCAAGAUAUUUCACUGCACCGGCAACUGAGACUGAAAAAGCUCAACAAGAUGUUCUGUUCAGAAAGAUUCUGAACGAGUCCUUCACAUUCCAUUUUUGGAAUAGCCUUACAUCUUCUCUGAUUCCAGAGUUAGAGAGCCUUGCUACCAGGCUUAUUGACCACUCUUGUAUCCGGUGCUCUGAUGUGUUGUGAACCUCAGAACCUGUACAAUUCCUCUGUUGGGUUGUCUGCAUGGUCUUGAAAAAUCCAAGUGUAUCAAGUAUUUGUUCCCUUCUCUCAGCUAGUGACCUUUUUGUUGAUCUGACUGUAAAUUUGGAACAUGAAAGCACAAGUCUGUUCCAAUAGAAGGUCAUGUCUCCUCUUUGUAUGCUCAUUGCUGAUGCAAAAAUCAGUUUUAGGAACUACAGCAACCUGUUGUAACUUUGGAAGUAAGUGGCUUAGGUAUUUGUUUUUGAGUCUAUGCCUUUCUUCCUAGAAUAGUCUGGCUAGAAGUUUUAUAUACAAUAUUUGAUUAUGACACAGUAUGAAAUAUAGAAAGAUAUCUUAUUUCUCA